UCAAAAGGAUAGUGAGGAGUCCAGUGUAAAGACAUUGCUGGAAGCUUACUUGUCAUAGCCUACAUUUAUUGUGUUUUCGGGCGCUGCAGAAGCUUUUGGAGCGUCGUUCUUAUGAAUUACACACAAAGCAGGAGGCGUCUCUUUACAUUUAGUUGUAUUAUCUGUGUUGAGAGGACGAUGCCUUUGAGGACCGGACUUUUUCUCCUGAUGGUGCUGAACGCAUCUGCAUAUGAACUGGAUCAAAACGAGUCUUAUUCGCCCAGGAGAGCACGCUUUUCUGCCAAUAGCCCUUCAGAUGUGGCACGCUGUCUCAACAGUGCCCUCCAAGUUGGCUGCGGAGCCUUCGCCUGCCUGGAAAACUCAACUUGUGACACAGAUGGCAUGCAUGACAUCUGCAAGUCCUUCCUAUACAGUGCUGCUAAAUUUGACACUCAGGGUAAAGCAUUUGUGAAGGAGAGCCUUAAGUGCAUUGCCAAUGGCAUCACCUCGAAGGCAUUCCCCACCAUCCGCCGCUGCUCCACCUUCCAAAGAAUGAUAUCUGAAGUCCAAGAGGAGUGUUACAGCAAGCUGGAUAUCUGCACUGUUGCCCGAUCGAAUCCAGAUGCUAUUGGUGAAGUGGCACAGCUACCAAGUCACUUCCCCAAUAGGUUUUAUGGUAAGCUGCUACAAAGCCUGAUGGACUGUGAUGAGGACACAGUGGACCGCGUUAGGACCAGCAUGGUGUCGCGGCUGGGCCCAGAGAUGACCAUGCUUAUUCAGCUGCUGCAGAACAAGCCCUGCCCAUCCACUGCUGUGGCUGCAGCUGCCGCCAUCCCAACUGGAGUGGAGGGCCGUGGGAGCUGGCGCUGGUCCAUGGGUCCCCAUAUGUACAAGAUCCAGCCUAAUCUGCGAAACAGAGACUCUGCCAGUCAUUUUGGCAAAAAGCGCUCGGCCAGUGACAGCUCCUAACUUCCACUCAGAUUCAGAAACUCCACACACUCCUCAAAAACAUCACGAAAGCUCCUCUAUUCCCUAGGGGUGAUACAAAUUCCUCCGCUUGACUGGAAGUAACAGAAAUAAGCACCUCUAGGGAAUGCCGGAACGCCCAUAGAGUCGAUAUCAGAGUUUGAUUGUUGUUAUAUUGUAUAUCCUACACUUUAGGCUUGAGAGAAUCCCCCUUUCCAUCGAGUCCGCUCACAGUUAGUGUUGAACAUGUGGCUGUUGCAUCUGUGCGACAUGGUCCUGUUCACUCCUCUUCACCUCCUCUAACAGAGAUGAAUCCUUAAGAAGUCUUUUAAUGCCAAGUAAAAAAAAAAAAGAAAAGAAAAGAAAAGAAAAAAACAGCCAUAGUGGUUCACGCCUCUAGAGCACAAGUUUAAAAGGCAAAAACACAAUCUCAUAACAUAAGUUCAUGAAUAGAAAUCAGUAGCUGGAUUGUUAUUAGUUCAUUGAUAGGAAUGGGAAAUUAUCGGUAGAUAUAUCUAAUAUUUUAGUGAUGCGACCAGUCAAAUUGUGAGCAUGAGAUGUGGAAAUGAGUUUCAUAUCUAUUUUCUGACUAACAGUUAAAUGUACUGUAUACUAAGUUAUCUGAGACAGCCAUAGCUAGCCCUCUAUAAAGAGAGUGCUCAUACGGAGUGAGGUCUGUAGAGGUUUCAUGAUAACCUUUGAGAGGUUACCUUAAACUGACCAAAAAACUUCAAACUGCCCUGAAUGCUAUUCAUGAAAUACCAAAAUAGUGUAUAGCUAUAAUAGCACUUAUAAUUGUUAUUUUCUGAUGGCAGAUGUAGCCAUGGUCAUGUGUUUCAAAUCAUCAUCCUGCACAUAAGGAUCGUCCAGGUCAAGUCUAACCAUCAGAAAAAGUCCAUUUUGCAUAUCUUGUAUCCAGACACUUGUAAUGCAUAUGACUGUUGAGCUCUAUGGUAUAUGUGGGACCAUGUUUAGUGGAAUCUGUAUCCAUGUUCUUAACCGAGCGUGAAGCAGUCGUGUAUGUGCAGUAGCUGAUUAGCACGUUCACCGAUGAGACUGAGAGCAGCCAUCUUCUUGGACUGAUGAUCAUCAUUCUCUGAGGUGAAUAACGUGACAUACACACUGGCUUCCAGUGUCAAGAUUGAGAGUGACUAUUUAAAAAAAAGCCUUGUUGGAAUGAUAUUUAUUUUCCUACUUUAUUAUUUAAUGUUUUUUUUUGUUUUUUUUAAUGCAUUAUUGUAGUUUUAAUUAGUUUACAGAUUUUAAAAAGCAGUUCAGUCAUGGCUCCUAUUUGAACAUGAGCUCUAUGCCAAAAAAAAAAAAAGGAAAAAAAGAGAAAAAAAAGUGAGCUGACACUCUGGUGACUGAAUGGGACCCAUGUCAUGACUCUGUGCUGGCCAUAGGGGAACAAGGUUGGUCAUUCAAGUCAGGUGAUCUACUUUAUGGGUGUUACAAGGGACCACAACAAAACGAUAGCUUCAUUUUGACACACACAAAAAAAAAAAGGUCGUCAUUGCAGCUGCUAGAUGUGCUCAUUCAGCGCAGGGGGGUUUGUGCACAUUAAUGAAGAGUGACCAGGUAUAAUCACAGUAAAACAAACACCAGCAUCAAGACUUUUGAUUGUUCUGCACUAGUGCUUCUCUUUUCAUGGCCUUAAAUUAAGAUAGAUACAUUUGAAUAGUAGCUAGUGUCCUUCUCUUGCAUUUCUCCCUAGUAUUUUCUUUAAUGUGUCCAUUCUGAUACGAUACAGUGGAGAAAGAGGAAGGGAAGAUGCAAGAGAAAAGAUGGGAGUGCACACUGUUCCCUCUGUUUCUAUUCUAUUAUUAUUUCUAUAAUUUGCCCUGUUUUUCUGAAUUAAUGAGAUUAUUAUCUCAGGAUUCUGAGAAACAGGGGAAAAAGGAGCUUUUAUGCUUUUACUCAUGAUCAUUUUGAUAGAUUUUUCCAUGAAAAGGAAAUUAAUCAUGCAAAAGUGAUAAUUCCUUUCCCCUGAAACAUAUCACGAUUGCAUUAUCCGUCACUCAUAUACUCUGUUUACUUUUGAUUACAUAAUGUUUUGCUAAGACUGCACUGGGAUUUAGCUGCAGGCAUGAAGUCAGAGUUAAAAAGUUACCGAUGUGUGUAAAGAUAUUUACAAAGCGCUCUUACCAACUUAGUUCACAUUGUCUUGGUGUUACACACGUUCAGAUGAAAUGAAACCCAUGUUAGGCUGCCUCAGUAGGUAAGAAGCUCAUGUCAGUUUGUGCAUAUUAAGGGAUCUUGUAACUCCACACCAAUGUAACAAAAUGUCCUGGUAGACUUCAUCCAAUAAGCAAUUCUCUUUCCAAAAACAUCAUGUGAAACCUGAAUAUUUCUGCAGAUAAGACUGCAUGUUUGAGAUCGAGACAAUCAUUCACAAUCAGUAGAUUAAUAGAGAGUCACUUCAUGCUGGUGUUUGUUUUAGUGAGACCUGGUAGAUAGAUGCUGGUUUGGUGCCGUCAAUGAGAUAAUCAAUGGCUUAAGUUGGUUUCUGUUUGACAGUAGAUUGCAUUUAAUGUUUGUGCACGUUGAAAAUGCAGAUUAACUUGGAACCAGGGCUGGGUUCAGUUCAUUUUUGAGCAGUUUGAUUCAGAAAACACAAUUUCUUGAAAAUUCAAAGCUUGCAAAUUGGUCGUCUGGACAAUAGUUUUGUAUCAAAAUUAUGAAAUAUAGUUUUGACUUCAUGAUAGGAACUGAACCCAGUCCUGUUUGGGGGAAAAAAAUGAAUUUAUACAUUGUCCUGGAUUGAUAAGACUGAAGCACAGACCAGAAAAAAAGAAAAGAGAUGUCAGUGUCAAUUUAACAGCUAUGUUAAGAAAUCCAAACUAUGCAAUAAUCUCACAUACAAAGGAUUCACAGCAACACAGAAAUUGACCUUUAUUUCAUUCAGUGCCAACUGAUGCUGUGUGAAUAAAGCAACAGCGUGUAUGCUCUCACACUGCACUCACAGUGUGAAGGCAUUGCUCCUCUAUAUUGCUUUCUGUUCUCUGUGUUUUUUGUAAACUGGUGUUUUCUUUUUUGUUCUGUGAAUAUGAGCAUUUCUUUUUGUGUCAUUUGGUGCGAAAGGACAGCAGUUCUGAAGGAAUCACUUGUGAAGUUAAGAGCUAUAGUCACACUGUAGUAUAUCCUAGCUUACUAUUUUAUGUUAAAUAUGCACUUUGCAUCUUAACCACUAUAAAGGGCAUUGAAACAUUCAGCACAUGUGCAAUUGAGACAUGUUUUAUUUACCCAGUGAAUGGAAAUCAGUUUGAAUAUUUCGCAUCCUGAAGGGUCAGGGCUUCUUCAUGUACUAUUGAUACAUAUGUCUGUAUCUUUGUUGUCCAUGGGUAAAUCCAAAACCCAACAGCUGCUGCUAAACUGUUACUUCCCUGUAUGAUGCUGUCCAGAUGCCCCGCUACUGUGGCCGCUCUGGUCCGUCAACACACAGCGAGCUCAGCAUCAGUCCACAUUUACAUCGAAACAUUUGAUUGUCUAUCAGUGUCUUCAUAUUUAUUUUCUACGAACAUUCCUCGUGUCAAAUAUAUUUGGCAAGGGCAAAUUGACUGUUUCCUCACCAAGUCAAAUGUAAUGGUAAUUUCAGAGAAUGUACCUGUAUACUGAAUGUCUGUUUCGACGAGGACAUGCCCAAGUUAGGUGACCCAUGAAGGCUGUUAGGAAAAACAAAAGUGAGAAAAGCAUAUAAAGUUCUUUUGUGUUUUAGAUUUUAAUAUGUCUAGGGUGCUUAAGGUGGUACUGGAGCAUUAUUAAAUUGACCCAUGGUGAAUUUCGUGAAACUGUUUCUCCUGUCAACACUAGAGACUAAAGACUCCCUCACUUCUGGCACUUCAUGGUACUCUUUCCUCUCAAGACUUGAAAUAGAUAAAUGUUGUGCUUAAACUAAAUCAAAAAGCUUAAGUGACUAGUAAAGUUUAUUUUGUAUUCAUAUAUAUAGAUAUAUAUAUAAGUGACAGUUAUUUUACUAUCAGAUUCAAAAAGUUAUCGAGGAUUUAAGGAGGUUACUGAAGUUCCUGAUACAGAUGCUAUGUAACGCAUGAUUGACCCUUGUGAAUCACUUGCACUUUAAAAUAUACCCAUAUACAUAUAUACCCAUACUGUGUAUAUGUUUGGGUUUUUCCUCUGUACUGAAAAGUCAUGAAAGAUACAAAUGCAUCAAUUGUGUGUCUUUUGCUGAUCAGAAAUAAAAUAUUUAUCAUAUCUGGCAUAUGGUAUGAAA